GAUAACCGAAAAUAUCUAUACCAUACAACACUGAACCAAGGAAAAGCACAAAAGCAUUACUUUUCAUAAGACCAAAUUAACAUAACCAACAUGCCUUACAUCAACACAGACACCCCCUCCAAACCUAAUUCUUCUUCCGGCAAUGGAUUCGAGAACCUCGUCCAAGAUCUAAGUGACGCUCUGGGUCCGAGCUCGGGCCUAGACUCCGAUGACAUUGAUCCAAUGGACAUCCUGCGCUUAAUGGAACGAUAUGAUUCGAAUCCAGAUGAAUGGCUUUCCUUUGCGCUGGGAGACUCAAAGAAGAACUACACAAGGAACCUCAUCGAUGAGGGCAAUGGCAAGAGCAAUUUGCUCAUCCUAGUCUGGAGCCCCGGAAAGGGAAGCGCAAUACAUGAUCACGCCAAUGCGCACUGCGUCAUGAAGAUCCUAAAAGGCUCUCUGAAAGAAACCCUCUAUGCUUGGCCAGACAAAGACAAGCUCCAAAAUGGAGAAUCGUCUCCACCUCAAAUCAAAAAGGAGACUAUAUACGGUGAGAAUCAGGUUACGUAUAUGUCCGACAAGCUGGGCCUUCAUAGGAUCUCUAAUCCGGAUCCUAAUGAUUAUGCUGUGUCGUUGCAUUUAUACACUCCUCCCAACGCAGCAACGCACGGCUUCUCCAUCUUCGACGAUAAGACCGGCAAGGCCUGUCAUAUCAAGACGUCGCAUGUUUAUUCGGUCCGGGGAGAGCGGUGUUGAUUCCAGUCGCUGUUUGUUCUUUUUUCUUAUUUAUACCACCCCUACUUAUUCUUAGCUUGGUAAUUGCGUUCAGUUGUAUGGCGUCUUGUCAUUCGAUAUCGGCGGCUGUUUGGGAAUAGAUUAGACGAGGGCAUGUAAAUAUUCUUAUAAGGUUGAGGAGUAGCUGACUAGAG